CGUGCGCGUGCCCGGGCCGCCUCCUGGAUUCUUAUAGCGCCGCGGGCGGCGGUUGGCGGCGGGCAAGGCAGCGACAUGGCGAAGGCGCUAUUUGUGGUCCUGGGGCUUGCGCUGCUGAAUGCCGACAGAGGCUCCGGGGCGGAGAGCAGGAUCUCUACUUCCAUAGUUGAUGUUGGCUCCAAAACACACCUCACCUGCACCUUGAAUGACAGCAACACUGAGAUCCUUGGCCACCGCUGGAUGAAGGGGGACAAGGUGUUGCACGAGGACAAGCUGUCAGAUCUGAAGAUGGAGUAUGAGGUGGACAUAGAUGAGCGUGCGGGACAGUACUUCUGUGUGUUCCUCCCGGAGCCUGUGGGCAGGACCAGCGUGAACGUGGCGGGGCCUCCCAAGGUGAAUGCUGUGAAGAAGUCAGAGCAAGCCACUGAGGGGGAGGAGGUUGUGCUGAUCUGCAAGUCGGCAUCCUUCCCCCCGGUCACCAACUGGGUGUGGUACAAGAUUAGUGGUGCCGGGGACCAGGUCCUCACCAACAACUCCCAGAACAAGGUAUUCGUGGUGUCCAUGGAGACGAAGACAGAACUGCACAUCCGGGACCUGGACCUGAAACUGGACUCUGGCCAGUAUGUCUGCAAUGGCACCAGUGCAGAGGGCACCGAGCAGGCGUUCAUCACACUACGUGUGCGCAGCCACCUUGCCGCCCUCUGGCCCUUCCUGGGCAUCGUGGCAGAGGUGCUUGUGCUGGUUACCAUCAUCUUCAUUUACGAGAAGCGGCGGAAGCCAGACGAGGUCCUGGAUGAUGAGGACACCGGCUCUGCUCCCCUGAAGAGCAGUGGGCACCACGUGAAUGACAAAGGCAAGAAUGUCCGCCAGAGGAAUGCCAGCUGAGCGCCCUCGCAUUCCUGAGGUGAGGGCACAUGCCAGAGCACCUUGGCUAGACGCGAGGUUCUGUGUGUGUCACCUGCUGGCCCCUGCCUGUCCCCUUGCUGGCCUCCCGACCCAUCCCCUGGGCAUUUAGCCUCCUCGUCCAUCACACUGGGGGACUGUGGAGGGUAGACUGCAUUUUUCCAAGGUUCCUGCCAUGGCUUCAGCUUCCAGCCUAUCUAAAGCCAGUGCUGUCAUAUGACCGCAGGUCUGUGUGACAUGAGACAGUCCUGCCCACAUGGCCGCCCCCACACUGAGGGGUGGUCUGGUUGACCAUCGCAGCGGGAGUUUCUGUGACAGCUUUUUUCCUAUCUGCCCAUGGCGACUUCAGAAAUGCCCUCCCUAGCUGGGCCUGAGGCUUCUUCCUGUCCACAGCAUUCUGACUCCCAUGGGAACCCCCAACUUGCUUGCCUGCUCACCAAUAAAGGCUGACCCACCUUGUC